ACGCAGUUCAUGUGCAAAAAUAGAGUAGGAGUAGUCAUAAGAUUGAAAUUAAUUUACGCAGUUCAUGUGUCCACAUUAGUUAUGCAACAUGUAAAGUAAAAAAGAUUGAAAAUAAGUCUGAAAUUAAACAUAUUUCUGGUUUGAUGCCGCAAAGAUAGAUGAUAGGAGCUAGAAAUCUCCGGUGGUUUGGACUGAGGCGCCGGCUUUCCACCUCGCCCAACUCUGCUACUUCAUCCCAUUCCCAAGAAAAGUGGAGGUUGGAAGAAUGGUGGAUCCUCAUACCAACAGGCCUUUUCGGCGUUGCUGCUUGGAAUUUCUUCCGUGCCCGAGCCAAGGAGAAGGUGCACAAAUACAGGGAGGGAAGACUAAAAUUGGAAGCUCUUCAAGGCAACCGCAUCUAUACUGAGAGGCAGAGCUUGGAUUCUGUGGAGUUUAGGAGGGUGGUGUGUAGGGGAGUUUAUGAUCACAAAAACUCUAUUUUAGUGCACAAAUAUAUCAAAAUCAACUCUGGAUAUUGGAAAUAUGGAUACAACCUCCUUACCCCUUUGCAUCCCAUCCCCAAUGAUCCUCAAAGCAUACAGUCUGCUAUACUUGUGAAUAGAGGAUGGGUACCCUUGGCGUGGGGAAAACAGGCACUUGGGCGAGAGGAAGAGAGCGUUGAACUGGUUGGAGUAAUAAGCAAGGGUGAGAGGCCUAACACACUCUGGAGAUCAAACAAUCCUGCUAAGUCCGAGUGGUUCACAGUGGACGUUCCCUCCCUUGCUCAUGCUUGUGGACUCCCUGAGACGACACUCCAUGUUGUGGAGAUCGAUUCGAGCAGCAAGAUGAAUACCAGGAAGCCAUACCCCUUUGCUUUCCUCGCAUGUCAGGUCAAGGAAAUUUACUUGUCUCAGCUAGAGCAUGCGCGCUAUUCAGCCCUCGGGUUCUUUAGUGGAUGUUCUGCAAUGGCCGCGGGUCUGAAGAAAUUUGGCAAACCCUGAUGGCUCUUUUGUGUAUCUUAUGUUUUACAACAAUGCAGAAACAAGGUUUAGUUCAUGUGAUGGAGUAUUAAUUUUGAUUUUGAAAACUAUCUGAUGCACAUUUAUCAGAGAACAUCCUGUUGGAACACAAAAUUUAUUGCAAAAACAUUACAUUUCUGUAAUCUCUGAGCAUUCAUAAGCUUAUACAGGAGUACUACGAUUAUAUUCAUAUGGCUCUAUAA